AUGAAAUCCCAGUCCAGAAGUCCCGCCUCGCCGGGAGCCUCACACUGGGCGCUUCGGCUGCGCAGGCGCUCAGCCCCCCGGCGCGCCCGGCGUGUACUCGGAAGUGAGGGAGCUGUGAAGGAGCCGAGGGAGUGUCUCCGCGCCCGAGGAGACACAGAAAUGUCCCAAGAAGAGGCUAAUAUAUCUGGUUCCCAGUAUGAUGAGUGUUGCAGUCUUAGUCCUGGCUCAAGCAAGAGUGACGAAUUUGAGGCUUUUGUGGCCAGAAGGAGAAUGAAAAAGAAGAGACUUCGCAGUGGCAUGGUGAUAACUUCUGAAUCCGAAGAUGAAGACUACCAUGAGGACAAGAAAACGAAGUUGUGUGAAACAAGUAGCAACGAUGAGGCUGAACAGCUUCCAUUUUUCCCCGAUGAUGAUGAUGGCAGUGAUUUGAGUGACCCAAUGUUAGAAGAAGGGAGUCUAUGUGAUACAGACCAAAUGUCCUCAAAUGAUCAAGAGCUGGGUGAAUGUGCCAUCUCUCAACACAAUGUAUCUGAUGAUCUUGGUGAGCAGAAUCUUGGUGAAAGUUUUUGCCAACUACUGAAUACUGCUGAGCCUAAACCAGAAAGUAUAGAUGAGAAGUUGCCAACUGAAGAAGAGCCAGCACCUGUGGUGGAAAAACCAAGGAAAAGGACAGCGAAAACCAAACAUAUCGAGGUGCCACCUGUUCCUACAGGACGUCAAAAUCGUGUGCCUUCAAAGAAGAUAUCUAGCUCUGCAAAGGUUGAGAAAUACCAAACUGGGAGCUCUGUGUGCAAAAUACCUGGAUGUUUCUUGCUUGACCUUGAGAAAUCAAAACAGUAUUCUGGAAAGAAGUUCAAGAAAAAUAAGGAUGAGCUGGUUCAGAAAAUCUACAAUCUCUUUAAUAGUUCUGUCUUUGAUAAAAAGCUGCCCAAGAAAAUAGAUAUAGCCUGGAAUAAAAAGAUGCUUAAAACUGCCGGCAUAUGCACAACUGGUGAGAUAAAGCACCCGAAGAAGCAGCGUUAUGCCAAGAUUGAGAUUGCUCAAAAAGUCUGUGAUUCUGCAGACCGACUCCGGGAUACUUUGGUCCAUGAAAUAUGCCAUGUAGCUUCCUGGCUACUUGAUGGUACCCGAGAUUCUCAUGGUGACGCAUGGAAGUAUUAUGCUCAUAAAUCCACUAUGAUACAUCCGGAGCUGCCAAAGAUCACCUGUUACCAUAGCUACACAAUUAACUACAGGAUUCAUUAUGAAUGCAUUCAGUGUAAAACCAGGAUUGGCCGCUACACUAGAUCACUGAACACUGAUCGCUGUAUAUGUGCUCAUUGCAGAGGCCCUCUGGUUCUGCUACCCUUAACUCGCAAAGAUGGAACCCCCAUUGAGCCCUAUGUGAGACCAUUUGCUAAAUAUGUGCAGGAGAAUUACAGACUUGUUAAACAGGAGUUGGGAGGAAAAGGCCAUGGAGAUGUGAUGAAAAAGCUCAGCAAGGAUUAUAUCGCAAGCAAACAAAAGCAAGGCUGUUGAGGUUAUUGAGAGAAGAUUUAUAUACGUAGACUCCUCUUGUUAGAAAUAUUUUUCAAAAUCUCUUUGUUUCUGUCAAUUAGCAAAUAUUAUAAGUUCAAUACUAUUUGGGGGUUCAUUUUGCUAAUGAUGAUUGUUGUUAAGUAGGGAUCCUAUUGCUGAACAUUUUGCAGCCUUGACAGUACUCUGGGGCCCUUUUGGAACCAUUCUGGAUGGAUCUGUAGUUAUAACGUGUAAAGUGCAAGCAAGCAGUGACUUUUUGGGAGUAGCAGGUGGAGAGAAGGAAAAUAACACUGGAAAGAGAACGAGUUUUCCAAGGAGCACUGCAGAAUCAGAACUGCUCUCAGAAGUAAUCUGUUGCGGAAUCUGGGAAAUGAAGACAAACAUGUUUCAUUAAUUUAGUUACUAUUGACUUUGGAUAAAGCCAUCUGAGCCAUGUAAUUGUUCAUUAAAUAAAGCGUUUUGUGUA